UGCUGCUAGUGGCGUGACGCGCUCAGUGAAAUCGUCAAUAUCGCCCGAAGACGAAUACUAAAUGAAAUCGUCGAAAGUACAAUUUCCGAUAAAUUCAAAUAAAUAAAUAACAUCAUCAUCAUCAGCAUUGUUCAAGUCGCUGUCGUGGUAAUAUUGCAUUUAGUGUUUCAAUGAUUGCAUCCCAUAAGUUGAACAUUUUAGGCUGAGUUUACUUAGUUCUCGAGAAAUCUGAGCUGUUCCGAUUUUUCCCCCGCAAUUUUUGUCUGAUCACUUGAUUAAAAACGGAAUUGAAAGCAAGCGAAAAAUCCUAAUGCUUGUGUCCCUCCAUGCGCGCCAUUCAUUUUUUCUAUUGAUUUUCAUCACGUUUGGCAAAUAUUUUGCCACACCGAAUCUGCACACACUUGCCAACCACUUUCUCUUCUUUUCGCUCAAUGAACCACACACAGUCAUAUUCCAUACAUCGCAUAGUUUUUUCGUCUCUCUCUGGCACUUGCUAACGUCAAAUUGGCUCCAGACUCAAUGUCUGUCGCCGGUCGUCCAACAUACCAACAGCACUGUUCGCAUCCCAUACAGAAAAAAGUGACGAAUGAAAAAUAAAAGAAUCCACCAUAAAGAUGUUAUGCGUGAAUUGAUUAUGGAUUUUUGCUAUUCUCAGCUCCAGCGCCAGCAAAUACAUACACUGCCAACGAAGACUCUCUAAAUCGCGCACAACUACACACAAUGCCCGUUCGGGCGAAUGGCAAAUGUUAUGUUUUGAUCUAGUUUUAUUUUUUUUUCCGUUGCGUUCAUCUGGUUCAUGUUCUUCGCUUUAUUUGUAUUUUUGCCAUCCAUUAAAGUGAAAUGAUAAUGGGGCAAGAUACUGCGGCUGUGUGUAUGUAUAUGUGUGCAAUAUUAACAUAAAACGGAUGCGCUUGUUCCAUAUUUUGGCUGGUGGUGUGUCUCGAAUGAUUUCAUCGUCGCGCAUACACAAGUUUUCUAUGUGGAUCGUUGCGUUCAAAAUCUAGAAAGAAACUUCCAUUGAAAACUUUAGACAUUUCGACGUCAAUUUUCUUGUUCGAACACCACCCAACGGCAUUUUGUUGCGCGCUGCUGUUAUUGUUGUUAGCAGUGUUUCCUCUGUUUAUCGCUCGUUCGUUCGUUCAUUUGUUCGUUGUUAAGUUUUUCAUUCGACGAAUGACCUUGGUGGCAUCAUUUCUUUCGUCUUGUCCAUUGGAAUAACUAGAGCUUGGGUAAUAUACUGCGGAAAAUAGUUUUCAUAUCUCUCUUGCCGAUAUAUUUCGCUUAGUUGUCAUGCCAUUUUUCGUCGUUUGGCUGUGUGCGUGUUGUGCACGGAUGCUUGGUUAGUGGUGCUAGUUGCUCGUGUCGUAUGCAUGUAUUCGUUUAGCUGAGACUGGGUGAUUUUUCAGUCGAAGUUUGGCUGCUGUGUCAACCAACUGCUCACUUUACAUGGGAUAACUUUCAUUCAGCAAUUGAAUUAAGUCGAAACCACACGAUUCUUCCGCAAAUCCAAGACUAUUUUUUGUUCUCAGUUUUAGAUAGUGAAAGUAAAUUUCGGUCGCGUGUUUUCCGUGAUUUCGUUGUUUUUGUCUCUUUAAUUUGGUUUCACUUUUAGAAUUUUGUUGCAAAAUCUGCUUUGGUUUGAAAGUUGUGAAAAGUGAUCGGUGAAUUGAGAUUUGAGGAGAUAAAAUGCAGGCAAAUGUAGAUCCAUUCAAUCAGUGGGGUGAUGAGAAUCAAACCGAGUCACAUGAAUUGAAUGAAAGGGUACCGUUCAAUCACAAUUUCAACACGUCGUAUAUGACAAGCGAUGUGCGUGAACCGAGCGUCGAAAGUUUGAAUAUUGAUACGAUGCAAUCAAAAGGAUCGGCUUUGAAUGGUGAAGUUAGGAAAAGUUAUUUCAAUGAAGUGCCUACAGAGGGCAGUUACGUGCUGCUAUGGAAAUAUUGCGAACAAAUCAAAUCGAUAUUAGCAGGUUUAUUGUUGGUUCUUUGCUCUGGAUUGCAUACGGUGUGGGCGAUUUAUCAGGUGCUUUUCUUUAAAACAUCCAAGGAGUUUCGAGACGACUUGAGCCAAAUCAAUAAGACGGAAUGGCGUGAGCGUUACUUCAAUGAUGUCAUGUCUUCCGAACGCGUUGGAUUAAUGUUUACGAUCAUAUGUUGGUAUGUCGGGAUGAUACUUGGUUGUUUUGUAGCUGGAUGGUUUUUGGUUCGAACUGUCCAGAAGAAGAAUGUUUACUACGUUGCAGCGCUAGUGAUGUUUGCAAGUGGCUGUGUAUUCUAUAGCGCUGACGUUGCUGUGUCCGGUUGGCAAACGAUACUGUUGUUCGGUCGUCUAAUCGCUGGCAUUAGUCAUGGCAUCACGUACGUCACCAUUUUCGUGCAGGCCAGCGAAAAUGCUACGAAAGAUUUUCGUCGCACAAUCGUUACAAUAAUUGGUCUCACAAUGGGUUUGUCGAUAUUUAUUGCAUCAACUUUUCUCAUCUACAUUCCAAUGCCGGAUGUUCAAUUGACGAUUGAUGUACUCAAAGGUUCAAAGCCAGAGAAUGUGGCCUACAAGAGUGAAACCAUGUCUUCUGGUAUUAUAUCAACUGCAACAAUUGCUUUGAGCUUCAUCUCUGUUGUUAUCAAUUUCUUCUUUUCACACGAAACGGUACCAUUUUUGCUGUAUCAUAAUUAUCGCGAAGAAGAGGCUCAGUCUGCGAUGGCCCGAUUGAUGGGUGAGGAUCAACAUGCGCCAGUUGUCCAACAGGAAUUUGAAGCGAUGCGUGAAAUGUGCCACGAUGAUUAUGCCGAAUUCCCGGAAGGCAAAAUAUUUACAACAAUUCAUCGGCGUCUCGUUUCAAUUGUGUUAAGUGCACGUAUUACAAGCGCUCAAUGCUUUCAUAUGUUGUUCACCGUCAUGUUUGUGAAACUUAUUGAGAGUAUGAUUAUUAGCGAAGUGAAUCAGAUGAUGGACAAACCCACUAUUAUCGAAUUUAUCCGAAAAUGGGAAGAUAUUAUGAAGUUGAUCCGUGUGUAUGAGAAGGCAGUUCGAUGGGCGAUUGCCAUAUGGUUUAUACUUGGCGUACCAAUCACAUUGGUCGGGAACUAUUUCAAUUGGAAACGAGGAUUUCAUUUCGCAACAUUUUUGGUUGGUGCAUCCAUGACGCUCUUCACCAUAUUCCAUUGGGCUGGCCUUUUCAGCGGUUUUUUCAGGGUACUCGCAUUUCUAUUUCUCUCCAUUUAUAUUCACUUUCUAACACUUCCCGUCGAUGUAAUUAAUUAUCUGUAUUUGAUGGAGUGCUUUCCCACAUCGACAAAAGCCAUGGCCAUCGCUUUUACCACCAUAUGCGAAUGCAUUUUUAAUAUAAUUUUCAUUUCGGUUGAAAUUGAACACAAGAAUCUAGGCAUCGAAUACUUUUGCCUGGGACUUUUAUGGUGCCUUCUCGGCUUUCGACUGUGCGUUCUCGUACCAAACACCAAUGGACUUUCUUUGGCGGCCGCAAAACAUGCAUACAUUCAAGCUCUCUCCUCGAACUGGUGGGAAUUCUACAAAAAAAAAUAACUGGCUUGAAGGAAAACAUCGAAUUUUCAUUGAAAAUAUCCUGUUUGGAGUUUGAUUUUUUUGACAAAUUUUUUUAAAUUAAAACGGUGCCUGUCAUUUGCUCAUUUAAAAGUACAAAAUGAUAGAUAAAACGAUUUAUUGUUUUUGUUUUUAUUUCACAUGCAAAGGAGCUUUAUUUAUAGUGUUUAUACCAAUUUUACAAAAGAUACAUCGUUGACAUAGACAUGUUAGUUUGAAAAAAAGUGAGAAUCUUCUAUUUAACUCGAAGACACAAACACAGGUUCGUUCAUCGUUCGAAUUUGCUGGCUUCUCUUUUUUUCACAUCGAGCUGCAGGCACUGAACUAUAUUCUAUAUACUCACACACAAUAUUUCUAAGUGUCUUUAUUCUAUUAGUUGUAAUAAUGAAUAUGAAAUAUAUAUGGAAAAAAAAUUAUACAAAUGAAUUAUUCCAAAAUGUUAUAAAUGACAAUAAAAUUCUAUGUAGGCUAUGAUAAAUUCUAUUACUUUAUAAAAUAUUUUAAUCGUAUUACAUUUUAACCAAAGAUGUAACGCAAUAAUCAAAAAUCGAAUCACAACUUGUGAUUUAACUGUGUACAUGUAUUCAAUUGAUUUUGGCCCAACAAAGUGCUUUAUCAAUAUUUAAAUCGAAACAAAAGAUAACUAAAGAAAACAAUUGCCAUCCAACGUGUUAAUGCCAUUCCAACAUUAAUAAAUAUUUUCAUAUAGAUGCAGGCAUUUUUGAACGGUUUUACAAAUUAGGAUUAAGAAUUGAAUAGGACAAGAAAACAGCCGUUAUUAGACGGAGCGAACACUGAACAGCCGUAAUUAGUGUGCUUUAAAAGGAAACUCAUUAAAAUGCCUUCUCUCUUACAACGUUUCAUACGAGUGAAUUAGUGAAUAAAUUUCAAGGGGUGAAUCACUACUGAAUUGACUGAAAAUACUGAAAACAACUGAAAUUUUUUUCUUGAUACUGAAAAGUACUGAAAACCAGUUUUCAGUACUUCAGUGUCAGUUUAUGCAUUGAAUACGUCAAACUAUGACACUUGACUUAUAUCAUUAACGCCAUACAGUUUAAAAAUUGAUAUUGAGGUAGAAUUUUGGAAAAAAUUGAAAAAGAUUUGUCUACAAAAGUGCCAAACUAUAAAAAUAUGACAUUCAAUAGUUUGGAAAUAAAAAUACGCUGAAAAACAUAUGUGUAAAAAAUCCAUUCUUGUUUGGUUUGGUUUUAGUCUUCGUGUUUUCAGAGAUGCACUGACAUUUCAAAGAGUUGAUGAUACACACAUCAAUGUCGAGAAAUGUUCAUUCGACGAAAAUUGCCAGACAUAUAUUUUAGACAUAAAUCACUCUUUUCUAAUGUCAGCUUCUUUAUUGUGUCUUUAGACUUUUCUGAUUAAAAUAUAAGUGGACUUCCAUUUCGAAUGCUUGAAAACAAACAUUAAACACAAGUGUCAAGAAAUUUUAACAAUACUGAACUGCAAUAAAAGUCAUAUAUACUAGGUACUGAAAAAACUGAAUCGCUACUGAAAAUCGAUCGCAGGUACUGAAAAGUACUGAAAACAGGUUUCCAGUAGUAAUUCGCCCCUUGAUAAAUUUCCUCGAAAAUUAGUCAUUACUUGAUGUGACAUUAUGAAAUGGGAAAAAAAUUAUUCAAAUUAACGUGGCGCAAAUAAAAUAUGAAAAGUGUGAGAAAAUGGCUCAUGAUUUUGUGCCGAAGAUUAUUCUGUGCUUCAUCAUACGCAACCGGUUUCAUAAUAUUCUUAAGUAAUGACUGUUCAAUAUAUAUAUAUAUAUAUAUAUAAUCCAUUUUAAUGUAUGUAACGUUCAGUGUGUUAUAUUCCGGAUAUUCAAUUAUAAAUCCACAUUAAAAUUUCAUCACUUUGUAAGAGCUUAGCUGCGAAGCUCGAUAUACAACACCACCACCACCACCUCGCGCUCCUCUCAACCAUUUUAUCGAUAUAGUUCGAACGUUUAUGUCAUUUUAAAAUUUGAUCUUUUCAUAAAAUCUAAAUGUUCCUACACCCAUUUGAUGCUAAUUCCUCUCUGUAUGAAGAAUUAAAACCAUAUUUCCAAUAAUAAAAAUGAUUUUUAGAAGUGAUUUCAUCUUCAAA